UUCAGCUGUACUACACUUGUCCUGGGACUAUUCGUUGUUUUUAGCCUAACGUUUGUUUUUCUUACUUUAUAUUUAUCUAGAGAGAAUUCGCAUCAGAUGUAUGCGUGCAUCAUUUGCCUUUUCCCAUCUCAGUAAGAACCACUCUAUGUCUUCCUGUGCGGCUGACCUUGCCUGUUCUCAGAUAGCUCAAUGCUAACCUUUCCCCAGCGUUAGCUAGCUAAGCCAACUGUUCCCCGGAGCUCCCUUAGCUAAUGUUGGCUUUUCCUCCACUCGACCUGUUUGUGUGGCGUUCAUGAUGGAAGACGAAGCGUUCACUGACAUCAAUGGCAAAGCCAUAUCUCUGGACUGCCAGAGUCACUCCGGCUUUUGCAGAGAGUUCACUGUCAGCUCCGCCAAAGUGUCUAUCGGCAAAGUGACGGUGUACACCUGCUGUGUCUGGCUGUUGGCGUACAUCAUGUUCGUCUUCACAGAGAACACAGCUGUUCUGUCCAGUGCUAUACUCAUCACGCUGGUUGGCAUGAUGCUUCACAUCCACUUUGUAAAGGUGGACCAUGAGUCGCUGCUUGUCAUCGGCUCCUUAGGCAUUCAGGUUUCCUCCAGCUACGCCUCAGGCCGUGAGACCACCACAUUCAUUGAGAUGAGCAAGAUCAAGGAUAUUGUCAUCAAUGAAGCUAUUUACAUGCAUCACAUCAUCUACUACCUUUGUGUGCUGUUGAAGGACCCCUCAGAACCUAAUGCAGUGUCAAGUGUUGUGCCAUUGUUUCAGAGUUCAAAGCCAAGGCUGAACUGCUUGGUGAAAGUUUACAAAAGCUGCCAGGAGGUUCUGUCAAAGUGCUGAUGACACACGAGUCAUGCAUUAACAAUGUCCCAUCAAUGUUUAAGUGAUGUUUUCAAUGGGUGAAAGCAGAAAGCUGAUCUUGUUUUUUUAUUUAGAUACUUAUUAAUUUGAUUUCAUGUAAAGUGUAUUUUCCAGGAUGUUUCUGCCUUUUCGCACCCGUAUGAAUACUCAUACAUGAUGUGAAUGUAAUCUGCGAAUACAGAAAAGUGUGUUGCCACGUUUUCAGGACCAAUAUUAGUGUCAUGACGAUUUUAUGUUAUACUGUGUUUGGCAGUUACUUGUAUAACUUAAUAGCACUGGUCUUAGACUACCGUAACCGAAAGAGACGAGCCUUUUUACUGAUACUGUAUUAAAGAAAUUGCUUUUUUUUUUUUUUUUACCUUUUUACGCAUUUGACUUAUUCUGUAGAUGUCUAUAUUUUAUAAUCUUUCCCACACUGUAUUUUCAUUAAAAAAACACAUAAUUUUAAUAAAA